GUGGUAUCGGGCUCGAUGGUUUUGGUAUUUGUCCCGCCGACCUACGAAACUGCUCCUGUCGCUCCUAUACCGGGGCCGAAACCGAAAUCGACUGCCCGGAAGCGGACUCAACCGUCCACCUACGCAUAGAACCACACCAGUAUGCCGAGAUGCGCUGCCAGCGCAACAGGCGCAUCGACUUUGACCAGAUACCACAGCUCGCGAUCGGUGACACGAACCGGCUAACGAUCGAUGAUUGUCCAUUCCCACGCCACCAGUCCAUCCUGCAGCUCGUAUCGUUCCUCGGUACCGCCCAGGUAAAGGUGCUCUGGUUGAAGAACAACGCAAACCACGAGCACAGUGCCUCGCUGGUGCGGCAUCAUUUUGCCGGUCUGGAGAAUCUCGACCGGCUUGCGAUCAGCAAUGCAAAGCUCAGCGACAUCGGACCGGAUCUGUUCGAGCAGCUGCCGAACCUAACCUGGCUGGACAUGCGAGACAACAUCUUCCGUCUGCCGCCGACCAUUUUCGAUGCACUGCCAAAGCUGCGCAUACUCGAACUAAGCUUCAACAGUCUGGAGGAGCUGGAUCCACGAUUGUUACGCCACCUGCCAAACCUACGCCUUCUAACGCUCUGGCACAACAAGCUGCGAACUGUUAGCCGCCAGGUGUUUAGCGGUAUACCGGAGCUGGAACGAUUGGAUCUGUCCGCGAACCAGCUAGAGACGAUCCCGGUCGAUCUAUUUGCCGAUCUACCCCGGCUGACCGAGCUGGCGAUGGGGUUCAAUAAUUUCCACACACUACCAGAGGGAUUGUUUCGUGCCAAUCGCGAACUUAGAAAGCUGAAGUUAGCGUCCCAGCGUGUCGAGAUGGAAACACUACCGCGCGAUCUGCUACAACACCUGCCGGCCCUGGAGCAGGUCAAUCUGGAGCGUGUGGGACUUGCCAGCUUGCCCGGUACGCUGCUGCACGGAUCGCCGAAUGUCACCCAGCUGAAUCUUGCCUUCAAUCAGUUACACCAGUUGCCCGAAGAUCUCCUGCGGGAUCAGAAAGCACUGUACAUUCUACAGUUACAACACAACCAGCUUACUAGUCUACCGAAUGGAUUGCUCAGGAAUACCGUUGAACUGCAUACCCUCCGAUUGUCGCACAAUCAAAUCAGCGAACUGUCCACUGACGCACUGAAGGCUUUGGGCAAGCUAGAGGAACUUUAUCUCGACCAUAACCAGCUACACACGAUCGAACUUCACGCGUUCCGAUACACAACCGCCUUACAUACGCUGCAUUUGCAAGCAAAUCAGCUAGCGUUCGAAACACUCAACACGCUGCCCGGAUCUGUCUGGAACGCGAACGAGGAGGAACCGGGCGAGAUCCCCGCACCGGACGAGUUCGGUAUGUUCGUACAGGACGGUACACCCUUCCAGCAUCUGCACCAAUUGCGGGAUCUGGAUCUGUCCUCCAACUGGUUGACAGCGGUACCGCGAGACCUGCUCCUCAACACACACGAGCUCCAGCGACUCAACCUAACGCGCAACAACAUCACCAGCUUAGCGUACGCAAACCUCCAGUUUCUGGCACCAGCCAUUACGGUCGAUUUGCGCCACAACAGCAUCAUCGAGAUCAAUCUCGCCGAUAUGGAGCGUUUGGUGCUGCUGGAGCGCCGUAACUUCGAAGAGCAAACCGGACGGGCACGCAUACUGCUCAACGAUAAUCCGCUAAACUGCAACUGCAUCGUGUACGCAUUCGCACAGUACAUACAGAACAAGCUGGCCACCGCCGUCUACGAUCGGUUGGAGCUAGUGGCCGAUGCGCUGCACUGCCAGGGUCCGGAACACCUGCAGGGAAUGUUGAUCAAGGAUGUACCGACGCGCGAGCUGCUCUGCGAGCUAGACACACCGUCCACUCAGAUACGCCACUGUCCGCCAGCUUGUCGAUGUUUCAUACGCCCCGAAGAUAUGGGUGUAAUCGUUGACUGUAGCGGGCAGGGUUUGACCGAGGUGCCAGAACUUCCUCGUCCAACCACGUUCGGCUAUCGCUUCAUAGAGCUGCACGUCGAGAACAACAACAUCAGCUUGCUGCCGGACAUGGCAGGGCUUGUACCCGGUGGAUGGAGCGAGGUACGUGAACUGUACGCAUCGAACAACUCGAUCGGAACACUGGAAGCAGAUCAGCUGCCGAAGGGUUUGCGGCUACUAGAUCUCACCCGCAACAAACUGACGGAGCUGAGCCCGCUUGUUGCGGAGGAGCUGACAGCUAGCACGGCACUAACAACGAUGCGACUUGCCCACAACGAUUGGACCUGCGAAUGCGAGACGGUACAGUUUAUGACGUUCGCACACAGCAACCAGCGACGCAUAGAGGACUUUGCACGACUUCGGUGCUCCGACGGGCGGCAACUGGAGCAGACGACACUCAGCGAUCUGUGCGUGGACCGCACGCACACGAUCGUGCUGGUGUGUGUCAUCGUAUCGAUCAUCGCCUGUCUUACCGCGCUGCUCUCCUUCGUUUACUACACGUACAAGCUCGAGCUGAAGGUAUGGCUCUUUAAACACGGCAUCUGUCUCUGGCUGGUGGCGGAAGAAGAACUGGACAAGGAUAAGCUGUACGAUGCGUUCGUAUCCUACUCGCACAAAGACGAAUCGUUCAUCACCGAGCACCUGGUACCGACGCUCGAGCGUGACCCGAUGAACUUUAAGCUCUGCUGGCACGUGCGCGACUGGACACCGGGUGAAAUGAUUUCCUCGCAGAUAUCAAGCUCAGUGGAGCAAUCGCGACGAACCAUUAUCGUACUGUCGAGCAGCUUCCUGGAGUCGCUCUGGGGUCAGCUAGAAUUCCGCACGGCACACCUACAGUCCAUGGCCGAACGACGCAACCGUCUAAUUAUCGUUAUUUACGGCGAUAUCGGCAACAUCGAUGAUCUUGAGCCAGAACUCCGCGCCUACCUGCACACCAACACGUACGUGCGUUGGGGCGAUCCGUGGUUCUGGGAUAAGGUGCGCUUCGCGAUGCCUCACCCGCCUAAAGUACGUGGUGGAAGCGGUGCCGGAACCGCAGUCAAGUCCGGUGUCAGUACCGCCGGCGGCCUAUUCAUGAAGCAGAUACAGGGUGCGACGGGGGACGACAAAAUGGAGCUUAUCAAACCGCAGACGGCGCCAGCGACACCGCCUAUUCUGACCACACCCCCAACCGAACCUACAACAGUACCCGCCGCAACUGGUCCGUUCAUCAUCAGCGGUAACGGUACGGCAAAUGGUGGAGGUAUACCUCCGGUAUACUAUCACCAGCAGAUCAAUCCGUACCGUGUCAAUGGUCACAUUAAUGGCGCAUUUGUCAUCAACAGCAAUGCGAAACAGAGUGACUGCAAGACCUUCAGCGUCAUCCUCUCGAUGCAAAGCAGACAGCAAUUGCGCGUCCAGUGCACAAGCAAGCACGAUUUUGAGCUGCUGCGAUCCAUCACUAAUGUGCCCAAGCUAACAUUCACAGAGCUCGACUACACCAACUGCUCGCUGCCGGCCGGGAAAAAAUCGCUCGUCGAUACACUGGCACCAUUUCUCGACCGUGAGCAGUUAAGCUCGCUCAAACGACUGUUUUUGGUGGAUAAUGCCAAGCACAGUGACAACGAACCGCUCGAACCGCAACUAUUCGCCGGCCUGAGCGCACUGGAAGUGCUUUCGAUGAAAGCAUCCGUUGUGAUGCCGCUCGACAAUCCGUCUCUGUUCGAGCAUCUGCAGACACUCCAGUGGCUCGAAUUGAGCCAAGGUGACGGUGGGCAACGGGUGGCCGGUUCCAUACUGCGACCGCUAGCCAACUUGCGCACGCUGGAACUGAUGGAGAACGAAUUAACCGAACUGCCCGCAGGGUUAGUGUCGAACUUACCAGCACUCGAAACACUCAGCCUGUUCCUAAACAAACUAGAGCGACUGGAAAAGUUCGUAGGCCUGCCGAUGCUAAAUAAUAUCGAUCUCUCCUCCAAUCAGCUCACCGAGCUACCGGAGGAUGUGUUCGAUGAGCUACCGAACCUAACGCACCUGACGCUGGGAGCGAAUAACUUAACCCGUUUACCGGCGGGUUUGCUGAAGAAUAAUAGCAGGCUGACUUACUUCCUAGCGCAGGGCCAGCAAAGUUCGGAGCUCGUGCUGGAGAACGGACUGUUUGCAGGGUUGAAGCAGCUGGAGCGCGUUUCGCUCGCCAACUGUAACAUUGCGGAACUGCCGGAAGGAUUGUUUACCGGUGCAAUCGGAUUGAAAACGCUCGAGCUGAACCAUAACAAGCUCCAAAUGCUGCCGGAAAAGCUGUUCCAGGAUACGCAGCCGUUGCGCAUCCUAAAUCUUUCACACAACAAUUUAAAGACGCUGAACGGACAAUUGUUACAGCGGACAGACAAGCUGGAAAAGCUGUAUCUGGAUAACAAUCAACUGCGCAUUAUCGAUGUGGACGCGUUUAAGAGUCAGGCAGAUGGCUUGACUAAGCUUACACUCAGUCACAACAAGGUGUCGUUUUACGAGAACGGUACGCCUGUAUUGUACAAGAACGAUCAACCCUGGGAGUUGGAUAGAACACCGUUCCGUUUCCUGAAAAACUUACAGGAACUAGACCUGUCCCACAACGAGAUCGUUGCCCUAUUCAAAGACUUCAAAUUUUUCAUGCCAAAGCUAACCCAUCUCGAUCUUUCGCAUAACUUGAUCACGUACAUCGGUGAAACCAAUUUCCCAUUCCAUUCGCCAACCAUCAAAACUGUCGCACUGCAGUCGAACAAUAUCGCACAGCUUAAUUUUCGAACGCUGAAAGACGUUACGUUGCCGCAAUCAAUUCUCCUCGAUGGCAAUCCACUACAUUGCGACUGUUUGGUCUUUCCACUCGCACACUUUAUCACUACUAAUGCAACGACUGAGGGUACUUUCCCUCUGAAAGGUGCCCAGUGUGCCAGUCCACCUGAGUUGGCCACAUACACACUAUUCGAUGUACCUCUCACAGAGCUGAUCUGCGAACUAGCUGCACCGAAUGACUUCUGUCCGAGCGAAUGCACUUGCUACAGACGUCCGGCGAAUAGUGUCGCGAUAAUGAACUGCACUGGUCAGAAUCUGACCGACCUGCCAAACAUCGCAAAUCCUGCCCUCGUCGAUUGUGAUUCCAUCGAGCUGCACCUUACGAACAAUCUGCUAAGCGAGCUGCCGAUGUCAAUGGGCGAAGGAUGGAAUGCUGUGCAGUGGCUGUAUGUUCCAAACAAUAGCCUAUCCACACUGCGCUACGACAGUUUGCCCGAUCGGCUCAAAACGCUCGACGUUAGGCAGAACCAGUUUGCUUCGCUUGAUGCACGGUUCGUCCAGCAAUUGGCAAAUCGAAGCGAGCUGCAGCACAUCAACCUGUCGGCGAAUCCUUGGCGGUGCGAUUGCAGCGAGCCAUUGCUAGAGUUCGUCAGCGAAAACGUGAAACGCAUUUCCGACUUUCGCAUGCUUCAGUGUGCCGAUGGUCAACCGAUUAACGCCACCACACAGUCAACGCUGUGCCGCCAGCGGACAAUGGUGUACGUGCAGUGGAGUAUUGCAUUCGUAAUCGUCGCCCUGAUUGUGUUGCUGGGCGGUUUGUUCUGCUUGCGCUACGAGCAUGAGAUAAAGGUGUGGCUGUUCAAGCAGGACAUGCUGCGGUGGCUAGUCGCCGAGGAGCAAAUCGAUCAAAGCAAACAGUACGACGCGUUCAUUUCGUACUCGCACAAGGAUGAAGCGUUCAUCGUCGAUACACUGAUGCCAACGCUCGAGCGUGAACCGAUGGGCUUUAAGAUUUGCUGGCACGUGCGAGAUUUCAUGCCGGGCGAGCUGAUUUCCACCCAGAUCACGAAAGCGGUGGAAGACUCACGGCGCACCAUCAUCGUCCUGUCGCCCAACUAUCUCGAGUCGGUUUGGGGCCAGAUGGAGUUUAACACCGCGUACCUGCAGUCGGUAGCGGACAAGCGCAACCGUGUCAUACCGAUCAUCUAUGAGGACCUUAGCGAUGUCGAAACGCUCGAUCCAGAGUUGCGAGCGUAUCUGAAAACCAACACGUACGUCCGGUGGGGCGAUCCAUGGUUCUGGGACAAGUUGCGGUACGCCAUGCCCCAUACCCGCCGGCCCAAGGGCGUACAGGCGUCCGGCAACAUACGGAUGGCGUCGAUGGACAAGCUUAAUCUGCUGCCCACCAGCACCAAUCAAACAUCGACACCAUCGCUUGAAAGCACGCCACCGAUCGAGCACCUGCCUUCGGGCAAGAGCAUCGCGAAUGGUGAACCGCUGGCAAACUUUUGCGAACCCCUCAAGCUCAUACCAGCGGCGUAUACCAUCAGCGACGGGAAGCUGGAUUUACCAAUUGCGGCCAAAUAG